AUGAACUUUUCAAUUUUUGGGGCCAAUACCAGCUACUCACCAAGUCUAAACGUAUUUGCUUGUGGUUUUAUGUUGCUAAUACAGCAAAAUAAGACGAAAAAUGCUGCUUCUUUUUGCUUGGAUAUCAUGAGUGGUAUCUCUGAAAAAAUUGAUGAGAUUCUUUAUACUCUUCUUAUCCGUGAUGAAGAAAUUGGUAGAGGCUGGCCUGUAGCAUAUAUGAUUACCAAUGAUAGAGUUUUCAUGAAAAGAUCUAGAAACAAGAGACUUGAUAAGCUUGUUUUUGUUUUAGUACAUGAUGUUGAAUACUAUCUUUCUCAAGAGUACGAUAGAGUGAUGUCCAACAAUAGGGCAAUGAGUGCAUUUACAAGAGAACAAAGAAUAUGCGAGAUGGAAGCAGAAGAAGAUGAUGAUGAAAGAGAAUAUACAACAGAUGAUGAAGCCAAACUUCUUUAUGUUGAUGUAUUUGAAUAUGAAGCAUUGACUAUGCUUACUGACAGUGACGGCAUUAUGAACAUAGCAUUCACUGUAGGAAAUUACAGCAUUUGUAAUUCCACCAAUGCAGAUUACUAUGUAAAAAAUGCAUACUUGCAGAUAUGGAUUCAGCCAAUAAAAACAAGGUGA